GAGAACAGGAAGUUAAUCAUGUCUGAACGAUGGUGUGUGUGUGUAAAUGAAUGAAUUUUGUAGUGUUAUGGUCUGUUUUCUUUUCUAUCACAAAAAUCAUAAUUAGUAAAAAAGGAAAAGGAAAAGUCAGGUAUCCUCAAUGGAGCAUUUUGAGCAAGAUUUAGUUGAGGCUCUCAGAGAUGUUGUGAAAGCCGGGAGCUGGCAGUGUGUCGGAGAAGCAGCUAAGUUCAAGUCCCCGUGCACCAAGCUGUACUCUGAGGAUGGAGAGCAUAUCGUUCUUGUGCGAACAGAUGAUGGACGGUUUUGGGCGAUGGAUUCAUCUUGUCCACAUGAAGGGGGUCCACUUGACCAAGGCGACAUCGAGGACCUUGGCGACGGCAAACUGGCACUGAUAUGCCCGUGGCACUAUUUUGAUUUUAGCCUAGAGACAGGUUCUUCCUCCACAGGACUGCAGAAUCAAGUCUACGAUGUCAGAGUAGUGGAUGGAAAACUGUAUAUAAAUACUCAAAGUAGCUUGUCUCUCUAUCCAGCGGCUGUGACAAAAAAGGCAAACCGAGGUGCCUUGUUACCCAUGGAAACAAAGUUAGAAUCAACAGAAAAUACACUCUGCUUCUGGGCCACGAAAAUCCUGUGUACUCCAGACCCACUAGAAAAGGUGGCUUUGACUAAGCAAGUGCAGAGCUGGUGGGACGCUGGGGAAAUAACAGAGAUUGGUGAGUGUGCACCACCGGCUCAGCCUAGCAGAAUAGAUAGUCUGACUGUGGUGGCGCCGGGCAAAAUCAAACGUGGCAAAGGAGGCACACAGGCAAGCAGAAUUGCUUUGCUUCAUUCUCUGGCUAAUAUAGAGCAAUGGGCUAUUGACCUCUCGUGGGACAUCAUCGCUCGAUUCUCUACAGUCAAACUUAGUACCGGAGACUCGCUGCCACGAGAGUUCUUCAACGACUUUGUCAAAGUAGCCGGCGAUGAAGCCAAGCAUUAUGACUUAUUAGAGCAAAGGAUCAAGGAGCUCGGCAGUUCUUUUGGUGCCCUUCCAGUACAUAAUGGUUUGUGGCAAUCGGCAGCAGAAACGUCACAAGAUCUUCUGGCUAGGCUGGCUAUAGUACAUAUGGUCCAUGAGGCUAGGGGCUUAGAUGUGCACCCUCAGACACUGUCCCGCUUUGCAGCACAGGGAGACACGAGCUCAGUAAAGAUCCUGGAGGUGAUUUAUACCGAUGAGAUAACACAUGUGGCUGCAGGACUCCGUUGGUUCACUUACAUUUGCUCAAAGGAGGAGCGGGAUUGCCUUGCAACAUUCCACGACUUGGUUAAAUUGCAUUUCAAAGGGUAUCUGAAGCCUCCGUUCAACACGGAGGGAAGGAAGACAGCAGGAAUGACAGAGGAGGUAUUUUAUAAUACUGCAAUAAUUUGUCACACAAGUUUAAUAUCUGACCCAUUGUCUAAUCUCAUUUCUAAUGAUCAUACUUGUUCCUUCUAUUAGUGGUAUGUUCCACUUGUUAAACCCUCCAGCUGACUGAAGAUCUCCUGAGAACAUUCCAGCUAGGAACUACUACUCUUGCACAUGUAUACACCCAGUCUGCCAGUACUGAUGUCUCCAUUACACUAAACACAUGGUUUAACUGUUUUUAGUAUAUAUUUGUUGUUGUGAAAUGGUUAUUUGAAAGAAAAAAAUACUUCUAUGUACAAUUAUCUUAUUAUUUUGUUAUCUGAAUAUUUUAUGCAGUGCUAUUUCUGGGAAGGAAAUAAGCAAAUCAAAAGCAAAUAAUAUAUAUAUAUAUAUUACACAUUGGGGUAUAAAAGUCUGAGACCACUAGUAAAAUGCUUCUAAUCCACUUUAAUUAAAUUUCUUACAAAUUCAGAUUUAUUUUUGUAUUUUUUAUGGAAUAAAAAUGACAGAUUUACAUAAUUUAAUUCACACAGUGACAGUGCAGAAUCUUAAAAUCCUGAAUAUUCAAGAUAAGCAUUUAAAUAUUUUUGUUUUUUUGUUAUUUUUCAUUAUUCUAAAGCAUGUUUAUUUCAAGUUUUCUUUUUAAAAAAAAAAAAAAAAAAAAAAUCCCAGAUUUUCUAUGUGGUCUCAGAUGUUUGGACCCUACUUUGUCUUUAUUUGUGUGUGUGUGUGUUUGUUACAUGCAAG